UGAAUGAAGGCAAUGAUUUUGAAAUUGACUAUCGAUCACUUUCUGGCGCAAUCAAUGGUUGGAAGGAAUGGAGUACUUCUGUGUUAACACGUUUUCAGGCACCUUUGAAAUGAGUGGGUAUAUUAUCUUCCAUGUGGGUAUGCUCUGGUAUUGAGAUAUUUCGUGAUGUGACUAUUUUGAACCAAUUAGUGAGUUGCUGGUGUCCUACGACUCACACAUUUUUGGUGAAUUGGGGUGAGUUUUCUGUAACAUUAGAAGAUGUCUAUGCUCUCCUUUUACUGCCUAUAUGUGGUAUUACUUCCGCGAUUGAACCUCUGUCGAAAGAUGAGAAAGACCUGUUGUCAGCCUUGACGGAAGCAUCUAAUGAUUUUAAAAAAAAUAAUGCCACAUGUGAUAUGCACGAAUGGAUAACCCAUUUCCAUAGAGGUAACGGCUAUAGUCUUGUGGAAUUGGCUGCUUGUAUCACUUUAUGGUUAAGUAGGUGCGUUUUUCCCUCAAAACAAUCCAGGUCGGUACGUCGUGCUUUAUACCCCCUAGCAUGUAAACUUGCCCGCGGGAAGCAACUCCCAAUAGGAGCUUUUUACCUAGGAACUUUGUAUCAUAACUUAGACUCCAUAAUUCGUGAUAUAAAUUUCGGAAGUAUGAAGACAAUUAGUGCCUUGGAUGCUUCUUUCCUCCAACUGUUUAUUUGGGAGCGUUUUCAUAAGCUUGCCCCACCCCGCAAAUGUUUGAAGGAUGGAAGCCCUCGUGCUUGGUCACAAUUUCGUUCUCGUUUAAAGGGCUCAGUACAAUUGACUGAUAUCGUUUACUAUAUUUCAGAAUUCAACUUCCGCCCGUAUCUUACUAACAUAGAUGCUUAUUUCACCCUGGACAUGUAUGAUGGAAGUGUGGUACCAUUAACGAGCGAGGUUCGAUCGAAUCUGAAUAUUUCUCGUGGCGGUAUAGGAUUUUGGUUUGCUAUUUGUCUUCCUCGGUGGUUGUUGUGCCUUCAAGAUAACUCAAAAUCUCUUUCUUGGUCUUUUAUUUCAUAUCGUCCUGAUCGUGUGGCUAGAAAAUUUGGAUUUGACCAACAUGUUCCUCAUGAUCGUAAGGCAGGGAGUCUAGAAAAGGCAACAAAAUCAUGUUUGUUAGGUUCUCUUCAAGUUUCAAAACGUUCGCAUAACUUGUUCCAACUCCCAUGUAAGGAGAGGCAGGGUGGGGUAUCCUCAAAGUUUGCUAACUUGUGGAUGCGCCAAAAUAACAUAUGGUUAGUCUGUCAAAGUAAAUAUCGUGAUCGCGAAAAGGGUAUGGACUCUACCUUAUUUUUUCUUAUCAUGCAUAUCCAUUUAUUACAUAUUUAUGUAUUGAUAAUGUCAGUCCUCCCUUUUUUUUAUGCCUUCAUCACGUUGUCAUAUUCACAUUUAUAUAUGUGACUAUGCAUAUAUCAUGCAUACCCAUAUUUAUAUAUAUUAAUCAUCACCUGAUCU